GCCAAGCAGGUCCUUACUCAACACCUCACACAUGACUGCUCAUACUUAGCUAUUACUUAACCUAGAAGUCCAGUAAUUAAUACAAAAUAACAGUUAGUUCCUAAGAACGACAGCGUGCGUUGCAUUGAAACGUUCAAAGAAAAUUUUCUGUCAUCUUUUGGACUUAAAGUACUUAACAAUAAGAAUUAAUUAAAUGUAAUUAAUACUUUGCUUUUUGUAAAAAGUAACUAAGUGAAUUCGGUUAAAGAAAAAGUGUAAAUGUCACGGCUGUUUAGAUAACACAUUAGUUAAAAGUAAAACGCUAAGAUUUAAGAGAUAUUCAAAAUGUUGUGGGUGUUAGUAUACGCAGUGCUUGUCUUGUCAGUGCUUCUAUGUGCGAAGUGGUGUCUAAAACAUGAUGGAUUUGAGAAAAUACCGGGACCGAAGGGAGUCCUUCUCGUUGAAAAUGCAUUGGAGUUUCUGAUGGAUCCAGUGAAAUUGUUCUAUUACUUCAGAUCGCUGGCAAAUCAGUACAAACACCUGUUCAAGUUAAAACUCGGACCAAAGAUGGUACUUAUUGUACAUAACCCGGAGGAUGUUGAGACCAUAAUAUCUGGAGUAAGUAACAGCAGCAAAGGAUUUCUGUACAGGUUCAUCAAGCCUUGGCUUCAAGAAGGACUGCUUUUGAGUGAUGGUCCAAAAUGGCAGCAUCGUAGAAAAAUUCUCACCCCGACAUUCCACUUCAAUAUCCUGAGACAUUUCUGCUCCGUUCUAGAAGAAAACAGCAGGAAACUUGUAGAGCAACUGGAGUCUGAAGUGGGGAUGCCAAAAACAAAUGUGUCAUCUUAUAUCAUCGAUUUCACUUUGAACUCUAUCUGCGAAACUGCGAUGGGCACAAAAUUGGAUCCAGAAACAAGUGAUGUAGGCAAGCGUUACAAAGACUCUGUACACAAGUUGGGAACACUGUUAGUCCACCGGUCUCAAAGAGUUUGGACCUACCCUGAUUGGGUGUUCUCCCUAACAUCGGCUGGACGGAAACAGAAAGAAGUUUUAGACCUUCUUGGUUCCUUCCGAGAUAAUGUUAUAAACAAGAGAAGAGAGAACAAUAAUAAUAAUUCGCAAACUUUUAUCCUCGAUGAUAAAGAUGAUGAUAUUACUCCUGGCAAGAAAAAGUUGGCGAUGUUAGACUUACUGCUGCAAGCUGAGAAAGAAGGCAUUAUUGAUGCGAAAGGUAUCGGUGAAGAGGUUGACACUUUUAUGUUUGAGGGACAUGAUACAACGGGGACGGCUCUUCAGUUUGCUUUUAUGUUAUUGGCGAAUAACCCAGAAUCACAGGAAAAGGUAGCUGCAGAAUGCUACGAAAUAUUUGGAGAUUCUGACCGUGAGGCUACCAUGAAUGAUCUGGGGAAAAUGAAGUACCUUGAAUGCUGUAUUAAGGAAGCGAUAAGAUUAUACCCACCCGUAGCAUUCAUUAUGAGGAAAAUAGACAAGAAUUUAAAAUUAAAGCAGUAUGAAGUUCCAGCAGGGAUAGACUGUGCCAUUCUUAUUUAUGACUUGCAACGACGCAAUGAUCAGUUCGUGGAGCCCCAACAGUUCCGACCUGAGAGGUUUCUGGUUGAACCCACUUGGCAUCCCUACGCCUACCUGCCUUUCAGUGCCGGUCCUAGAAACUGUAUAGGUCAAAAGUUCGCGAUGAUGGAAAUGAAGCAUUCGCUAUCGGCUGUGAUCCGUCGCUACCGACUGCGGCCGGUGACCAGGCCUGCAGACGUCGUCUUCGUCACCGACUUCAUACUGCGACCCAGAGAUCCCAUCUAUGUACAAUUUCAACACAGGUUUACGUAGAUUUUUUAGUAUGCAUAAUUUGUAAAAUACUAGACUAGUCUUGUGUGAAGCUGUGAAAUAUAAUCAUAUCGUACUGAAUA